CAGGGCUCAGAAUGAAAAUAAAAAACUAAGAAAAAUAGAAAAAAAUAAUCAUUGAAGGAAUACAAAAACUAAAAAAGUAUUAAUUGUAUGUUUUUUUUAAUAUUUUCCAUUUUAAAUGUACACAUAUUUGGUCAAAUAAAACGAAAUCUCAAUAAAUUUUAUAAAUCAUAAAGAUUGGAGAAGUAAAAAAUAGAAAAACCCACAAAGAGCAUAAAAUAGUUUGUAAGAAAAUUCUACAGCUACUAGAAUCUUUCCUGUUCACAUAUUUCAAGGACGCCAACUAAAUUGAAACACACAAAAAUCAUUAACAAGAUCAGAAAGAAUCUGCAGAAAUAUAACAAAAACAAGAACAAAAUAUUGGGUAAACUUUUUAAAAUAAGCUUUCAAUAAUUUGCCAUAUUUGUCAUGGCUACCGAGGAUGAGUUGCCCGAAGAGCUAGAUAAACUGGAAAUUACACCCAUCUUGCCACAGGUUAAACUGUUGGAUAGAAAUUUGCCAGUUCAGCUUAAUCCUUUCUUCGAGAACGAUCUAAAAGAUACUACAACUGAUAGUAAAAUCGAGCAAACUGCAGUUGUCCCAACAAAUGCGCAGGCAUCAUCAUCUACAAACAUCACUAGAACAUCCAAUUUCAACUGUCGACGAUGUCGAUUUCGCCGUGCUUCGGAAAGUGUAUUGGAUGAAUUGAAACAUUCUACAACAAACACUGCUUCAGAUACGGCAGAUUAUAUACGAACCCCACCAAAUGGUGUGCUUAAACAAACCCUGAAAAAAUCCACCUCUUCGUCGGCAGGUGGUCCGGGAAAUCGAAAAGUUUUACUGCGGGAACCAAUUUUAAAAGCACUACAAACUUGUUUGCAUCCUCAUGGAAAUGUACGAAGAAAACUAUUGGCCUCUGCUAAUCCAAACCAGACUGCGACUGGCAACGAUGGAACUUUAGCUACCAAAGGUAUGUCCGAUUUUCGUGAUUUGAUUGACGAGUGUCGCAAUCUAUUAUCAGAAGAUGUGGACUUCAGCGGUAGGCUCAAUCAAAUAAGUUUGAGCAAUCGAAACUCUAAGAUUUUCACCACUAUACAGACACCCAAAAUACAAAGUAAUAAAUUGCGCAACAAUAGACGACCAAUACUCAAUGCGGCUACACUAUCAUCACCAUCGCCAGAGACAACUAUUGUGAAUGGUAAUCAUAAUGAUCCCUAUGCCAUGCCAUUGUUACAGCCUCCCGUAUUGGGUUCUAGUAUUAGCAGCACAAGUUUACAACAGCAACGUAACAUUAACAGUUUAUCACCAGAGCAUGCUAGCAAUCAUGCUCGUUGCAGCACUACCUGUUCCCAACAGGCUGGAAAUUCUGCUGCUGCCGCCGCCUGUGAUGAUGUGACCAUUGAUGAAUUGGCCAGCUAUUUCGAUACCUUCGUGCACAUCCCCAAAAAGAUGUCCUCAAUGGCUGAAAUGAUGUAUAUAUAAGAAAAUAGCAAAAUGUAUGUGUGUGUGUUAUAUAUAUUUGGUUUUGUGUCUUUUUGUGGCAGCAAAAGAUUAACAUUAAUCAAUUUAACGUAUUAUCUAUUGAAAAUAUUUUUUUAUUUUGAUUCCUUUAAUUGCAUGUGUAAACUCCAAUUUUAAGCAAAUAAGAAACAAACAAUACCAAGAAUUCACCAUAAAUGUGUAAAUAAACAUAAACAAAAGAAAGAUAAGAAUAUUAGAGAUUCAUAUUGGGAAAAAUUUCAAAAUUUAAUAACUUAUUAGCUACUUUGGAAAUAUCAUUACACAGUCCAGUGCGGCAGUAAGAGAUACCUUAAUCCAACUAGAUUUAUUAAGGAAAGGUUAUCAUUUAUAUUAAGAUCAUUAACUUUUUAUUAUAACAUGAUAUCUUCGAUUUUUCGGUAGAUUAUACAGAGCAACAAAAUUUAAAAAAUCUCAGAGAUCUCAGCAUUCUCUUUUGGCACAUGUCGUAAAACAGUUAUUUUUGGAAUAUAUUCGUAGGAGCACCUUACGAACCCAGAAAACAUUUGAAAAUGGUUUUAAAUUGGAUAUUUAUUAGCUGUUUGAUCUAAGAAUAUGAAUAAAUAUUAAAGCAUAUUUUACUAAAUGAAUAUUUUUCAUUAAUGAUUUAAAAAUUAUUUAAAUCCGCAUUCAUUCCAAAUAAGGAAAACCAAAAUAUGAUUUAUUUUGUUUUUACUCUCUUCAAAAUAAAUACAUAUUUAUGUAUACAACUAAAAAAACAGCAUACAUACAUAUGUAUAUAUUUAUUUUCAAUGCAUAUUUGCUACUUAUUUAAGAUCUUGGUAAAGUUUCAUAAUUUUGCGUAUAUUUUCGUACAUUAAAUAUGCAUGACUACAAUACACAUACACAAAUGUUCUAAUGCACUUGUCUCAUCUAUCUUAUUCUAUACCUAUCUUAUUAUUAAUUUCUAUAAAUAUUUUUUUAUUAAUAUUAUUAACUGAUAUUUACUAUUAUUAUCCAUUAUUUUUUAGUUGUAAUAAUCACUUUUUACACGUAUCAGUCCAUAAGAAUCUUAAAGCAUUGAGUUUGAAUUAUUUAUAUUGAAAAUGAAUUACAAAUUUAUAUUGAAAAUGCUGUGUAACAAAUUGAUGUUUUUUAGGAUGAAUGGAUUUUAUUGUUUAAUAAAAUAAAUGUGUUAAAAAAAAUA